CCUUGUCUCUCUCUCAAACCUUCAUUUGCAUUUUCUUGCCAAAUUUCACCACUUUCCUUCCUUUUCUUUCAAUUGAUGAAAAUUUGAGGGUUUUUCUUGCAGAUGAAGAUCAAAUAGUAGAGAAUUGAUCAAACAAAAAUGGGACAACAAACAUUGAUCUACAGCUUUGUGGCACGAGGAACUGUAAUAUUAGCAGAAUACACAGAGUUUACAGGCAAUUUCACCACCAUUGCCUCUCAAUGCCUACAAAAGCUGCCCGCUUCCAACAACAAAUUCACUUACAACUGUGAUGGACAUACAUUCAAUUACCACGUUGAGAAUGGAUUCACCUAUUGCGUUGUUGCUGCUGAAGCUGCAGGCAGACAACUUCCCAUCGCCUUCUUAGAGCGGAUCAAGGAAGACUUUCACAAGAGAUACGGUGGAGGAAAAGCAUCAACUGCCAGUGCUAAGAGCUUAAACAAAGAGUUUGGGCCAAAACUGAAAGAGCACAUGAAGUACUGUGUUGAUCAUCCAGAAGAGAUAAACAAGCUUGCAAAAAUUAAAGCUCAAGUUUCUGAAGUGAAAGGAGUGAUGAUGGAAAACAUUGAAAAGGUUCUUGAUCGUGGAGAAAAGAUCGAGUUAUUAGUCGAUAAAACCGAAAACCUUCGAUCGCAGGCUCAAGAUUUUAGGCAACAAGGCACUAAGAUGAAAAGAAAAAUGUGGGUGCAGAAUAUGAAGAUAAAGUUGAUUGUGGCUGGUAUUAUACUAGCAAUUCUUCUAAUCAUCAUACUGUCCGUAUGUCCUGGUUUCAAAUGUUUUUGAUUCAGGCAGUAUCUGUCGCCAUGGAUCACAGAUUUCCAUCAUAGAUUUGGUCUUUUUGUGGUUCAUCGUAGAAUCGGCUGGUUUCAGACAUAUAAUGUUCCAGGUGCUAGUAGCAUUCUCAGUUAGAAUUUUCUUUCUCCCUGCCUUGAUGUGGGGUAAGAGCUUUGUAAUCUUCUUGGUUACAGUGUACAGGGAACAUUAGAAGGCAAGCGCAGAAGAAUCUCUACACCCUAUUGUAAAACAUUUACCACACUUAAUCUAACAUGUCAUUUAUAUCAAUCUCGGAUCCUAGUUGGAUGAUUGCCUAAUUCCUUUUAUUUUACAUCUUGAAUCCAUGUAAUUUUACUAUUUAGUAGUAGUACUUUUCGGACAAAGUUUAAUAAAUUAAGGAUUAAUCUUUUA